GCCGCACCACAUUCCUUGUCCGCCUCUGAAGCUGACGGUUGACCUGUGGUCACCUCGUUCUAGACGCCGACAACGCCACUGCCGAAUCACGACGAACCGACAACUUGAAGGUGAUCAUCAACGAUGACGAAGAUGCCCGAGGCGACACGACACCGACACAAGACCGUGAUGCACCUAGAGGCUCGAGGCGCUUGACUGCCGCUCCUAUGAGCCGCGGCGCGCUUCGCCCACCCGCACACGGCACAUUCUUGUUUUUUGAACUCGUCGUUUGUCUCCUCCUCCGUCUCCAUCCGAGUCCCCUCGCCUACGCACACUCGCGAACUCUUUGCUGAGUCUUCGCAUCCGCCCUAAUUUCCUCGUGCGCGCCGAUACACUGGCAUCAUAUCUGUCCCCUCGUCUACCUCGCCACGCCCACCACGACUCUCACGAACUGCAUUCCCAGCCUUUCCCACUGAGGCGUCCGCCACCACCCUGUGCACUUAUAUUAUUGAUAUCCCUGACUUAUGUUCUCCCCAUCCGCCCAUCCUCCCCCAUCAUGUAGUGCGUGGCGGCGUGCGGCUGAUCACCGCAACCUCGACGACUACCCCAAGCACGCUUCCGCCUCCGUUCGGCUCUCAUCAUUCGCAUCUCAUCUCUUUACUUAUCUCCGUCCUCCCGCUCGUGCUCUGUCAUCUAUCCGACAAGCAUGGACUUCAUUAAGUUCACGCGGGAUCACGCGGAAGCGAUGAUGGCAGUCUGGCGCUACGCCUGUCGUCCUUGUGGCAGUAGCAUUUACGGCAUCAAACACGACCUCCACCGACCCCCGUCUUACCGGUCCGUCCGCCCGCGCGUGCGAGUGUGCGCACUAUCAGCUGCUCAUGCCCGCGCUUCCUCGGACCUGCCUGCGCGCUAGUUCGCGCCGCGGGUCUCGAGUUGAGGUGCCCGUAUUCGAGUGGCUUGGUUGUGCACCUAACGCCGCGCGGUGCCGCAGUAUUAGUCAGACGUUCUUUGGUCGCACUGGACCUGUGUCCUUGGAGCCGUCGUUCGCACCCCGAGCUGGGUCCGCUGGGCGCGCGCCUCCUUGUGAAUUGCCUCCUUGUUUACUUGCACACGACAGUACUCCCAUGUAGCCCUCUAUGCCCUUAUAUUCUUGCGCUUCCCCCGUACCUUAACCGACUUGAUGGUCCCUGACAUGCGUUGUCGUAACCUACCAUCAUAUCUAUCCCUCCUCGUCCCUGAUUUCCCAUUUCUCUUCGUCGGCUACGUUGCUUCUUGUAUUGUGAGUGUGAGCGUCGAGUCUAGUUACGGUCACGGCGCUUGCGACUGAAUGUUAGUUACACCUACAUCAGUUUUCUUACUACACGUGCAAUGAUUAGCCUAUUUUAUGGAACGUC